CAAAUAUGUUUUCGCUCUCAGUCCGAUGGGAACCAUGAGGCUGCGUUUUAGUAUAUGAACGGAAUUCGAGGCAAGUGUACCUGCUUGGGCUUGAGGAAUAGAGAAGUCAACACGCCAGCGCUUGCCAAACUGUGCGAUAAACGAUAAAGAUGUUAUCGUUGUCGCGUCUGAUAAAAGUGCUAAUCGUGCUGCUGCUACGCUGCCAGCUACAGUCAGCCCUGCCACAGCUGGACCAGCAACCAGAGGCAACUGUGGAACUAGAUGUGCUGAGCUGUCCCUCCAGCUGUGUCUGCCAGUAUGCCGCCUUCAAUGAGCUGCCCAUCGCACGCUGGGUGAAUCACAUGACCAACACGGAUGCUUCCGAUGAUGCCUCCGACUUCCUGCUGGCCACACACAUCAAGCUGGCAACAUGUCUGCUGCAGGAGGAGAGCGAGACGCAAACGCUGUUCAGUGCUUUACCCAUCGACCUGCAGGCUCUAAUCUUGCUGCAUACGGGCAGCCCAGGGAGCCAGCUGACAGUGAAUACGAGCAGCUUGCGUGCCCUCAACCAGCUGAGCACUCUGGAAAUACGCGGCUCGGGCACCACCACGCUGAACAUCGAUGAGCCGCUGGAGUUUCUGCAGCACGCCAACUUCGAGCAGGUCAGGUUGCAGGCGAGCGAGCGGCUGCAGCGGCCGCAGCACUCGAAGCUGCCCAGCGACAAUUACGAGUACAAGCCGCCCAGUGAUAUGGCUGGCAACGAGGCCACGCCCAAAUACCAACUGAAAUUCGAGCCAGAGGCCGCCGUCGAGAUCAUGAGCUAUGCGCAGUAUGUGGAGCGACUGAAGCAGACGCGCAUGCCCAGCUUCUGGGGCUGGAGCCAACUGGAGGUGCUGCGCAUCCACAACUGCCAGCUGAGCGAGCUCCAUUGGCAGAUGUUCGACGGCCUGACGCAGCUGCAUCACCUGAGUCUCGAACGCAACGGCAUCGAGGAGCUGCAGCCGUUCGCCUUCAGCGGAGCGCCGCACCUGAAGAGCCUCUCGCUGGCCCACAAUACGGUCGCACGCCUUUACUACCUGGGCCUAGCUGGACUCCUGGAACUGGAGACCCUCAAUCUGGCCGACAAUCACUUGGAGCGCUUGAGUGAGUCCAGUUUUCCGCCUCUGCCGCGCCUGCUCAAAGCUGAUUUGAGAGAGAAUCCCAUCAUGUACAUAUUGCCGGCGACGUUUUGGGUGAUGAACGAUACGCGCGAGCUGCUCCUGGGCAGCGAGCUGGCCGCUCUGGAGCUGCGCAGCUGGAACAGCUAUGGACAGUUCGAUUCGCUGCACAAAUUGCGCAAGCUGAGUCUGGCCAAUGUGACGACAGCCAGCUUGGAGCAGGGCGUCUUUAAGGGUCUUUAUGCACUGGAGCAGCUAACUCUGCGUGGCAGCAUUAGCAGCGUGCAAUUCGAUGCAUUCGCUGGCAUGGAGCAGCUGCGUGAGCUGGACCUCAGCCAUUGCGGCAUUGUGGAGCUAUCGAUGGAUGCGCUGCUCGGGCUGAAGCGUCUGGAGCUGCUCAAUUUGGCGCACAACAAUUUGACGCAUGUGCCGAAUGGCCUGCUCGACGAUCAGCUGCAGCUGGAGGUGGUGCAGCUGCAGGGCAAUCAGCUGCGCACGCUGCCCACCAGCUUCUUUCAGCAGCCGCGUUUGCGUGUCGCCCGGCUCGAUCAGAAUCCGUGGCAGUGUGACUGCGACAUGAGCAACUGGCUGCCAAGGCUGACCAAUGUGAUGCGCGGCCCCAGCGUCGAGCGUUGUGUGCGCGAUAUCAAUGGCGAGCCGAUGCUCUGCCGGCAUGUGGCCAGCUAUGAGACGGACAAGAAACUGGUGCCGCGCUGUGCCAACUAUAAUGGACGCAGCGUCUACUAUGUGCUGCGCAGGCAACUCCACUGCGGCGCCCCGCUCAUGCUGGCGCCCUCGAGGGGGCACAGCACACGCGGCCUGCCCCAUUGGCGUAAAUUGGAGCUGCACCAACAGCAGCAGCAGCAGCAGCCGCAGCAACACAAACUCGGCUCCAAGAAGAAGCAGCAUCCGCACAAGAAACAACGCAAAUCACAUUUGGCCCAAAGAAACAAUUUGGAGCGUAUAUUGAAGGAACAGCAGCAAAAGCAACAGAAUGAGGCAACCUCGGCUCACUCUGAUGGCCAGCAAAUGUCUAAUGAGAUUUAAUAACAAUACCAAUACACACACAUGCAUACACACAUACAUACACACACAUACGCACACACUCGCACUUAGUUUAGGUUUAAGCUGAAUUCCAACAAUUAUCAAUGUUUAAUACGCCAACAA